UUUGUUGGGUAAUUGGGUUUGAAAAUUUUAAUUUUGGAAAAAAGUUCAUACGUUUUAGAACGACAAUGUGUCAAUGUCAAUUACCUUUUUAAACAAAGGUUUUUUUCAUAGUUCUUGAUACACAGAACGGUCGUUUGUCAUGAUUUAUUAAUUUAUACUUUAAAUUCUGCAAUCAGUUUAUUUAACGUGGUAGAGUUAUGAAUCCAUUAACGAACAUCAAGAAUGUGAAGAAACUAAGUGAGCAAGAGCUAGAGCGUGGCUCAAAGUCAUCCUGGCAUGAUCAAUAUAAGGACAGUGCAUGGAUAUUUGUGGGUGGUAUCCCCUAUGAUUUGACAGAAGGAGAUGUUUUAUGUGUUUUUUCUCAGUUUGGAGAGAUAGUGAACAUGAAUAUGGUGCGUGACAAAGCCACUGGUAAACAUAAAGGAUUCGGAUUCAUCUGUUUUGAAGAUCAAAGGAGCACCAUCUUGACUGUCGAUAAUCUAAAUGGAAUGAAGCUUCUUGGUCGUACGAUCAGAGUUGAUCAUUGUCAGGACUACAAGCCACCAAAAGACUCGGAAAAAUUGGACCCUGAGGUGAGGCGUAUGCGACAAGAAGGUUGUGCGCCCAGCGUGAGUAACCAGUCUGCCGCGAAGCCUUUGCCAGUACCAGUUGAAAAUAUUAAAAGAGAGCGGGAAAGCGUCCAUCGACAUAUUAAAAAAGAACCUUCCGAAGGAAAGUACAAAAGAGAAAGGCAUAGGUCUCCCAGCUCAAGUCACAGUAGCAGCGACAGUAGCUCUGACAGUGAUUCUAGGCGAAAGAAAAAAAAGAAGAAAGAAAAGGAAAAGUUUCGGAAAGACGUGAAGAGGGAACGCGAUGUCUCACUUGAUGUCAGGUAUUCCAAGAAGGAUCGCAUUAAAAGGGAACCAAGCAGUGACGGUUAUUGAUUCAUUAUUUGAGUAGCUUAUGAAUUAUAAAUUGUCAUUAAGUGUAAUUUUUAGAAGUGAGAAAUGAAAGGAUGCAUAUUUAAGUAGUUGAGUCUUGACAGUCAAGCCAAGUUAGCUGACUGACGGGAAGGCAGAGAGUUCAAUCAAUUGUGAAGAAUUAUAUUUCAUCUCUAAGAAUAAAUACUUAAGUACAUGAAUGUAUCUCUCUUUUUGAGUUACGUGUUGUUGAGAGAAUUAAUUUCUUCUUAAGAAAAUACCCUAAGGGGAAAAAUUUUUCAACUUCAUAUUCAUUCCUUUACUUGGAGUUAACUUGUACAAGGAUUUUUGUCCACUGUGAUUGUAAAAAUAAAAUUAGAUUUAUAUUCUGUGAAUAAACGCAUUUAUUUGUUAGAA